AUGCGUGAGGAACUCGAGAAGCAGGUUAAGAAGCAGCUCGAGUUAGGAGUCGUAAGACCUUCGAAGAGUGAGUGGGCCGCGGCUCCACACUUUGUCAAGAAGAAAACGGGAGAAUGGAGGUGCGUUAUAGACUACAGGCGGCUGAAUGCGUCGAUGGUGGCAGACUCCUACCCACUACCGCGCAUCUGGGACCACCUACGCCGUGCAGCCGGAAAGAAGUACUACUGCACGUUGGAUAUGAACAGCGGAUUCUGGAAUGUCCCGAUCGAGGAGGGGAGUAAGCCGUUGACGGCAUUCAUAACUCCGAUCGGGCUAUUCGAAUUCAACGUCAUCCCAUUCGGGGUAAAGAACUCACCUGCUGAAAUCCAGCGGGCCAUGGAUGCUUGUUUCGAGCCCUUACUCGGCGACGAUGCGUUUUGCUACAUCGACGAUAUCGUCAUUUGCGGCGACGACUUCGAGAGCGUGCUCGCGAAAGUGGAGCUCUUCCCGAAGCAAUGCAGGAAGACCGGGUUCUACCAGCGGCUCGACAAAAGCAAGUGGUUUAAGCACCAGGUGAAGUACUUAGGACACGUGGUCGGCACGGAUGGUAUCAAGGUCCAAGAGAAGAAGACCCAAACUAUCGUAGCAGCACGGAGACCAGAGAGCAGACGCGGUCUCCAGAGCUUCCUGGGCAUGUGUGGUUACCUGCGGCCGUUCAUCUGUCGCUACUCGGACACGACGGCACCGUUGUUCGACCUCUUGAAGAAGGGCGCCGAGUUGAAGUGGCAGCCAGCGCACGAACGUGCCUUCGAGGCCCUGAAAGAAGCAGUACAGAACACGGUCAUUCUGCACGCACCGACCCCCACAGGAACCUACAUAAUCGAGACGGACGCCUCCGAACUGGGAGUAGGAGCUCUACUAAAGCAGUGUCAAGGUGACGUAGAAGUGCCGUUAGAGUUUGCUAGUCGGAAGUUCAACCCCACGGAGCGACGCUGGGACACGCGAGAGAGGGAGCUGUUCGCAGUUAAGUGGGCGAUAGAGAAGUGGCGCGACUAUGUCAGCUUGGCGCACUUCGUCGUGCGCACGGACCACAACAAUCUCCGCUACCUAACAAACGUCGACACCGGCAAAGUCUUCAGGUGGGCACUCGCCUUCAGUAACUAUGACCCACGAUUGAGUUUCUUUCGGGAGAGCGCAAUCAUAUCGCGGACUGGCUGA